AUGGAUGAUGAUGAUAUAUUUACAUCAGAAAAUUUUAAUGCAGCUAAUUAUAUAAGUAAUCAAUUAAGGGAUAUUAAUAUAAGUCAAGGAACAAAAAAACUUCAACAAUUUAGACAACAAUUACAAACUAUUGAUAAUGAAAGUGCUGAAGCCAUAAGAAAAAUAGUUUUUUCAAAUUAUAAAGAAUUUAUUGCUACUUCUAAAGAAAUUGCAAUUUUGGAGAGAGAAACGUAUAAUUUGACAAAUCUUUUAAAUGAACAAAAAAAAUUGAUUGAAAAUUUGAUGGAACAUAAUGAUCAAGAUAAGAUGAGUACAAGAUCUGUGUCUAUGAACACUCUUUCUGGAAACCAAAAUAGUCUUGUUCAAGUUAUUCUUCAGAAGAUGGAUGGAGUAGCAAGAAUUUUAAAUAGUCAAAAUGAAUCAAUAAAAAUUAUUCUUCAUGGAGAGGGAACUCUUAUAGAUCCUGAUACUCAUAAUCAAAUACAUUCGAUAAUGUUAGUUCUUUUAACAGAUAAACUUUUAGUUGGUUUUCCUUCACAUGGAGGAAAAUAUAAAUAUCAACUUCAUGCAUCAUAUCAAUUGUCAGGUUUAGCAGCAGUCAAUGUCAAGAAUAGAGGUGAACCAGAGAAUGCUGAUGCUUCACAGAAAGAUCGAAUGUUUAAAUUACUUGUCUUUCCAGACCAAUAUUAUAUUAUGUGUAAUACAGUAAGAUUAAAAAAAGAAUGGUUAGAAAAAAUUGAUUCAGCAAAAAAAGAAAAGUUACAUGAAUCUAAUCUUAUAAGACAAAAUACCAUAAGAGGUAGGAGAGCAUCAACAGCUGAAUUGGCAGCAAGAUUAGAAAAUAAGAUGAAUGAAAGAAAUGGCAAAUUAAGUCUUGUUCCUGAAGACGAUAGUAUUAAUUUGUUGGAUGACGAUGAUCAAGUAUGGCUAUCAGAAUUACCAAAUGAAUUGGAAGUAAUUAUAGGUCAAAGAAAUUUUGAACAAGCUGUUGAAAUGAUUUUAGAAUGGAAAAAUACAAAAUGUCGUGAUCCAGAAAUAAAUUCUCAAUUACAAGCUUGUGAAAGAAAAUUAGUUCAAAUAUUAAGUAAUGAUAUUCGUUCUGGUGCUUUACACGGUGGUCCUAAAGCAGUAAGAAAAAACAUAAAUCUUUUAACAAGUUUAGGUAGAAAAACUCAAGCUGUUGAUUUGUAUUUAAAAAGAAGAAGUGGAAUAUUACGUGGGAAUGCUCGUGAUCUUCAAGUUAGUGAAGAGCCACUAAGUUAUGUCAAGAAGUUAUGUUCUUUAUUUAUAACAGAUAUUAUGUCAGUUGCCAAUGAAUCUUUUAAUCAACCUCAAUACGCUCUUGUUCUUCAAUGGUGUUCGGGUGAAUUAUCUUUAUUAUUAUCAUUAAUAAGAAGGCAUGUCAUAGAAGUAGCCCCAACAAUGGCUGUAUGUGCUCAUACAUGGAGAAUUUUAAUAAAUCAAUGUGAUAAACUUGUUAACAUUGGUUUAGAUUUAUCUUUUGAAAUAAACAGACUUUUGAUACCAUCUUUAAAAGAAGCUUUAACAUCAAAUUUUGGAAAUAUUCUGGAGUCUAUUAAAUUAAGAAUAUCAGAAGAAAAAUGGAAAAUGUAUUCACUUGAAAGUGAUACAAAUUUAAACCGAUUUCUUGAAGAAAUGACAGAUCUUGAAAUGAGUAUAGAUUGGUCAGUUUCUCCAACUCAUCCAGCAUGUAUAAAUGUUACCCAGAAUGCCUGUCACUUUGCCAAAUCUGCAUACAUAGUAAGUAGAGAUUUUGGAUUAUUGGAUUCACCACAUAUACAUAAGUUAGGUGUUAAUUGUAUUUUAACAUUAUGGAAAGUUUUUCUCAAUCUUCUUUCUUCACAAAAUAUACCUGAUAAUGAUACAUCAAAAAUUGUUCAUAAAACAACAUGUCAAUUUAUUGUUUCACAAGUUUUACCUUUAUGUGAAAAUAUAUUUAGUUAUCAGUUACCUAAUGGACAAGGUAUGUUAUAUUUAUUAGUUAAAAACAACUACCCUUCUUUAAUAAGUUAUCUUCCGGAGCUAGAAAUUCCUAGAUCUGAUAAUGAAUCAACAAUUGAUUAUGAAGAUAACUUUGAUUGCAAUAAUAGUGAUGAUGUUGUUGAUAUUUAA